CGGGACCAACUUACACCUUUUCUCGUACAAGUAUUGUGGGUGGCAUUCUGCUUCCCCAGAGUUAACAAUUGUGCAGCCUUCAACAUACACACGCAAUAUAGCAGUAUUAAAGGCUGCAUCUCCAACGUGCUUUAACGACUCGCAAUCUCGAUCCUGCAUGUAGCGUCUCACUUCUCGGUGUACAUGGCUGGUGUACAUGGCUGGUGUACAUCUCAGUCAAAAUUGGUCGAACGCGUACAGUGCAGCUUACCUAUAUGGAGCCUCUUCGUGGCAUUCAUCAUCAGGACCAAACAGGAGUAUAGGAGCGCAUAAAAACGCGUGUGUCCCUGUGCACGGUGGAGAUUGUGGUUGCCUAAGAAAAUGAUCCGAGUCGUCGUCUUCCAAGUUUCCACUGCAGAAGCAGGAUCACGGCGGGCGCUACCAAGUUGAGGCAGCUUUUAAUGUCGCGGCGAGCGGAUGGAAUCUCCAGGCAAAUGGUGUCAGCGUCACUGGCUCUGGCACUCCAGCAAUUAAUAACGGGAGGAGCGACACGGGGAUAGCAGAUCCGCCGCAUGGACACCAUUAGGCAAUAUAUUUCCACGCAGUGCGCUACAGCUUGUUGAACCAGUCUUUCUCUGGUGGUGGCGAUAGAAUUGUCCUCAGUGAUGAGGAUGAUAUAGAAUGAUUAGGAGAUUCACCUGUGCCGCAGCUCACGCUUACUGCAGCCCAAGAUGCCUAACAGUUCGAGUUUGCCAGCGUCGGGCAUCGGCAACUCGCAUGCACAUGGCACCGCCAGUCAACCUCCGUCUAGGGAGCCGCUUCAGCCACACGUCCCCGUCCCCCUCGCCCCAACGUCGGCCGCGGCUCUAGAAUCUCAAUCCUUGCCAACAUCAACAACAACAGUCGUGCCCUUGCAAGCUCAAACUCAAAUCGCCGCGCCCUCUCCUGUGCGUCCGUCGCCAUCCCGACUCGGCCCUCGUGCCCCCAAAAGCGAAGGGCAGCGUCUCGAAGGAGGCCGCCUGCCUCUCGUCAUGGAGCACGAAGAAAUGCCUAACCACCGCCCGAGCGGCGGCUCUUCCUCAGGUUCGGACGAAGACAACACUCCCUCAGCGACCUACGCCUAUCCUUCUUCCUCGAGCUACGAUGGCCCUGAUGGUGCUAUCACAUAUACCCCUACCUCCUCCGUGUCAGCCUAUACUCCCUCCACCGGUUUCUCCUCCGGCCCUUCCUCCUGGAACUCCUACGGGCCACGACCCAGAGGCGGCAGUGGAGGAUCGCAGCCUGCAAGCAUGGACCGCACUUUUUCCACCGAUCCUACCGCGACUCAGUCAGAAGUACGUGGAGGACGCCCCGGUGCUCCGUUGCGGACGCCUUCGAACACUUAUGCGCCGCCCAGAAGACCUCCUCAGUUCCUGUCCAUCAACUCCAAGCGCAUGCACUCUUCCAAUCAGUCGCGUAGCUCUAGAAGAGACCCCAAUGCACAAUACAAAGCACAAGAGAAGGCCUACGUUCAGCGAGUGCGGCAACAGCCACAAGAUUGGCUUGAAGGGGAUCCACGUACGCCGAGCAUCGGGUUCAGCACCGAUGAUGAGACCGACGACGAAUCUCCUUCCGCUGAGCACCAGUUCGAUGACCCCUAUGACCCGGAGACUUUGAUGUUCCUGGGCCAUGAGGAUAACUUCCAGCCGUCGGAGGAGGAGUUGCAGAAUCCCCAGAACAGGGAACGGCUGGAAUGGCACUCAAUGCUAGCUUCGGUCCUGAAGGGUGAUGUCGUCAAGCAAGAAAAACAAAGACUGAUCGGGACAACGGAACAAAUGUCCAGAUCCGAGAUUGGUUCCGAAAUUUGGAUCGGUGCCAGAGCGAAAUACUACGGCCGGCCCUUACAGAUGCAGAGAAAGCUCAUCGAGGAGGGGCGUGCCGGUCUGGGGCCUAUCAUCGAAAGCCUCAUCGCCUUUGAGAUCAAAGGUGAAACUGUGGUGGGAAAGUCACCCUUGGAACAAGUUCAGGAGGCAGUGGCGAAUAUCGAAAAGAUCGAAUGGCUAUAUUCUUCUAGGAGAGAAUUGGAAGCGGCACAACCCCGUGCUGCCUCUGACGCAUUUCGAGAGAGUUGCGAUGCCAUCGUGUCCUGGCAUAACAUCACCCAACUGAUCAAUACCGAGCUUGCCGUUCUUCAAGCUUGGGUUGGUAACCCGGAGCUGGAUUUUACCAAACAAAAACGUCGGUCAAGCGACCAUGGAGACUUGUCCGAUGACUCCUCGUUCAUUGAUAGAAUCCUGAAGGAGGAUGGCUUGAAGUCUUUGCAAGGCGACAAGAGCAUGUUCAAUGGAAUUGGCGAAGUCAUCACCAAGGCCAAAAGUACCCUCAUUGAGAAUGCUGAAGCAUUUGCUGCCCGCCAUCUUCCUCCAUACAUUGAGGAACUCCUGACUCUCAUCAACUUUCCCUCCCGGCUGAUUCAAGAGAUUAUCCGUAUGCGCUUGUCGUACGCGAGAAAAAUGAAAGAAUCCGCACAGCAAUCUGUCAUGAUUAUCGAUCAGAUGAUUGCACAGUUUCAGAUCCUUAUGAAUCUUGCCUGCCUUAUCAAGCGCCAAUACCUUGCAAUCUCGCACCCAGAGCCUGGUUGGGACCUGCCUCCCUGUAUCGACGAAAAUUUUGACUCGGUCAUUGUCGAAGCACUCAAGUUCUAUUUCAAGAUGCUCAACUGGAAGUUGGGUGCGAACAAGAACACCUUCCGAGAAGCCGAAAUCCUCGAACAGGAAUGGGGCUUCUCCAAUGAAAUAGGACGUCAACUGGAAGGAGGAGACAUUGAAGUGGCAGAACAAUUCAGCUCCUUGACAGCCAAAUCUCUGUUGCGGUUGACCGCGUCCUUCGAACGCGAGCUCAGGUCCAAACCUGAAGAGAGCCCUCAGGAAAUGGAGAAGCGGUACAAGACAAUCUUAGAUUCGGUCCGUGUCCGGCAGAGAAAGCUUUUCCGCUUUUCACGUAUCCUGAGGCAACGCUUUGAGAACGCCACAGAGUUCAACCUGUCCAUGGACGCCGAGCAAAUGCGAGAGUUCACCGAAUCACUCAUUCUAUCCGGCCAUUUCCUGGUGGAGAUGGGUGCCAACAGUCCUAAGGGUGUGCAAUUUGUCGCAUCGCCCUCCUUAUGGAACAGGCCAAAAGAGAUCCAGUCGAUCUUGGGCACUUCGUUCCAUGCCGAUGACGCCCCUGAGGAUCCCUCGAAUCCAUAUAUCCUCAUAAUCAGGCCCGAAGACGAAAUGCCGUGGGAGGGCCCAAGGAUGGAUGUCAAUGUCCUAGAAUUGCCUAAUGAUGUUAGGUUGGGACGUCUACGUCUCGUAGCUGAUGGAUCAUCUCUCCGCCUGCAAGGUGCACGGAUGGAAUUUGCCAAUGCUGUGGGACGAGAGCUAGAUGUUGUUAUCGAGCAGAGAGCAAAUCUCUCCCGCGUCAAUCUGGAGUUGGGCAAGAUCAAAAAGACGACCUUCAAGCUCUCAAACACAAUCAUGGAGAGUGUCGAGGUCAUUCGCUCCCAAAAUGGUGGCAUCGCAAGUCCGGAGCUGGUCCAGUCUUGCUUCGCUUUCGCCACUGAGUUCGGGAAACGAUCGCUCACUUACAUGGAUCCCAACCGCCGAAUGAUGAAUAACCUCAAAUUGACGAGGUUAGCUCUCGACUGGGUAAGCUUCAUUUGCGAUGACUGCGAUGCUGCUGAUCGAAGAACUUUCAAAUGGGCGGUCGUCGCGCUAGAAUUUGCCAUGGCCAUGACUCGUGGCCGGAACAUCCUAGAUAUUGGCGAGGAAGACUACAAGCGCAUCAGAGUUAAAGUUGCCGGCUGCAUGUCUGUUCUAAUCUCCCAUUUUGACAUCAUGGGAGCUCGCUCCACCCUAGCGGCGCAGCAGGAGAAGUCGCGAAUGGAGGCGUUGAGCGGCAUGAACAAACGUCUUGAUUUCAACAAGCUGAGAAAUGACGAAGACUGUCGGAGGGAGAUGUCUGAACAGAGAUUGGCGCAACUCAAUGCUCUGGACCAGGCUCGCGAAGAGAGGGGCACCUCCAAGACCACCCUUGGCCGAGUGCUGGAAGGAUCGAACGAAGCAGAUCGAUCACUCACUUUCUUAUCUUCUUCGGCGACGAACAUCACCAUGAGAUGGCAACAAGGCCAGUUUGUGGGAGGAGGAACUUUCGGCUCUGUUUACGCUGCCCUGAAUCUCGACACAGGAACUCUGAUGGCGGUCAAGGAGAUUCGCCUUCAGGAUCCGCAACUCAUCCCGACCAUCGUCAAGCAGAUUGGCGACGAGAUGGGCGUACUGGCAGUUCUCGACCAUCCUAAUAUUGUGUCCUACUACGGCAUUGAAGUCCACCGAGACAAGGUCUACAUAUUCAUGGAAUACUGCUCUGGAGGUUCAGUCGCCGGUCUUCUGGAGCACGGCCGCAUUGAGGACGAAACGGUCAUCAUGGUCUACGCGCUUCAGAUGUUGGAAGGAUUAGCCUAUUUGCACCAAGCACACAUUGUUCAUCGAGACAUCAAGCCAGAGAAUGUCCUGCUUGAUCAUAACGGUGUGAUCAAAUACGUGGAUUUCGGCGCUGCGAAAAUCAUUGCUCGACAGGGUCAAACCAUGAUGGGGCAGGAGCCCGUACAGCGGGUUAAUGGUGAAGCCGGUCAUCUGCCAAACAAUGCCGCCGUUGCGCGCCAGCCACAGAAGACCAUGACUGGAACGCCCAUGUAUAUGUCUCCCGAAGUGAUACGGGGAGACUCGACUGCAACGUCACGCUUUUCUGGUGCGGCAGACAUCUGGUCCCUGGGAUGUGUCAUUCUGGAAAUGGCUACGGGCCGCCGGCCGUGGUCAACGUUGGACAAUGAGUGGGCAAUCAUGUACAACAUCGCCCAGGGCAAUCCCCCACAAUUGCCAACUGAGGAUCAGCUCAGUCCGAUGGGUAUUGAUUUUCUCAAAAAAUGUUUUGAGCGGGAUCCGGCCAAACGGAGUACAGCCGCGGAGUUGCUGCAGCAUCCUUGGAUCGUCGAAAUCAGACGGCUAGUAGUGGAUGACCCUGAUGCUCAGACACCGAGGAGCGAUACCAGUACCUCUAGUGGAGGCGCACCUCUUCCAUUUCGCCAGAAUUCAGCCUCGUCAUGAGGUCUUUGGAUGGGACAGUAAUGCUAUUUUGUUUUGUGAUGGCGUUUAGCGGGAGUUGCUUGCAUCGCGGAGGUGGGAUUGUCUGGCAGAAGAACUAUUGUUAAAACACUGAAAUGGAGAAUACCUACAAUAAUUGUACUCGUCUGUAGAUGUUUCCCUAGGCAGUCUCCAAGUGAUCGCUCGAUGGUGUGGAACAUGCCUAAGUAUUGAACGCGAUCGCUCGUGCUAGACAGGAAUAUAUCUACUGAUCCCCCCACUGGGUAGGUGGCAAGGAUGAG